UGGCGCCUUAGCGAGCUACUGCUUACAUUGCACUUCCGAAAUUCUAGUUCCAUUCGUGCCUUUUCUGUCUGUUUUUUCAGACAACUUUGCUCUAUGGUUUUGCCAGGUCCAUGGAACGCACAAACUUUUUCUAGACGACAUUACGAAGAUAGUAGUAUUUGGGACCUGAUUCCAUCCCCGCGAGGGCAUCUCGGCGAAGGCAAAAUGUCCAUAGGAAAAGGUUUUAUCAUCACAAGGAAGAAAAGGCCAACGAGAAGCAGCUAAGGAAAGGACCACCAUUCGUGCAAGCCAGCCACUGAAUCCCAGCCAGCGUCGUUGUGAGGACCAGAAUCCGAUUCGAUUCCGACCUCCAGCAGCGUCCACCAUGACACCAACACCCCCCUUCCCUCAAAGCGGCCAGAAAAAUACAACGGCGAGCCACCGGCAUCAGCUUAGCCCCAGCUGCCGGCCACCACCACCAUUUCCCCUUUUGCAGAUUCUUCUACCGUUCUCUCUUCUCCGGCGAGCCGGAAGCCGACGACCGGUCGUCGCGCGCCGCCGCCAAGUGGACAGACGGUGUUCAUGAGUGGCAAGUUUUCUCUGCAGUUCUACUGCAUGACCGUCAGGAUGAGCAUCGACUGCAAUGGGUGCUACCAGAGGAUCAGGAGGGCACUCCUCCAGAUGCAAGAAGAUCUGGAUAGCCACCUGAUCGACCGGAAGCAGCAGCGGGUGAGCGUCUGCGGCGCCUUCGUGCCGCAGGACGUCGCCAUCAAGCUCCGCAAGAAGACCAACCGCCGCGUCGAGAUACUGGAGAUCAAGGAGAUCGACGCCGGCGACGGCCACCGGCUGUGAAGUCGCCGGCGUCGCACGAGAUGGGACGGCGGCGGCGGCCGUAGGAAAAUUCUUUGUAAAUAAAUCCUGUAUAUUAUAGCGUAUAUCAUUUGUUUUAAUCAGAGCCGAUAAACUUAUUCAGCUAACCCUUUUAACACAAAGCGAGAAUGGUACGAUUGCGAAUCAUGAGGAAAGUAGAGAAUGGCCAGCUGCAUGCCUGCAUCAGUAUCUAAGCUUUGAGAUGAAGCAUUCAUCCUCCCAAAGCAUCCAGGUGAGGAAGGCAAGCUCUGCAAGCGUAGGAACAUGGCCAAUUCUGCUUGGAGUGCAGCUUCAGGAAGGGCCUAAGUAGCCCCAACCAUAUGCACAGAGGUGGUCCAAAGAUAUGCACUCUCCCAUACCCUAACAACAUAACAGAAACUGAACUAGCUCUACAGAUUCGGUACCGACGAUGAUCUCGUCGCAAUUGCGAUCACAUGACUGACGAUACUGCGAAAAUGACACAAAACAAUAGCAGAAAGCGAUUGCGAAAUCGCCUCGAGAACUAUCAUAUCGCCAUAACACGGUCUUUCACUACAACAGAUUGGUAACAUCGAGUACCAGACAGAUUGAUUGCUGGUGAGUGAGAUAAAUGUGCAAAGAAGAGCUUUGCAUGGUGGUGUAGAUCAUCAAGAACUUGAGUAGCUUCUACCUCCAUCCAAUCCACCAACAAUUGUCAGAAUUGCUGGUCAGUCAGGGUUUCCUUGGAGUGCCAUUAAAGUCCGCAGAGGUGGAUGGAGAGGAGAGAAACUAAACCUGCUGAUGGCUUACGGCCAAGACAGCAAAUGUGGCCGCACAACACCCCCACCAUUUUUAUGAGCUUGAACAACCGUCCUGGCUCCUCCUUUUGUCACACCCAGUGAGGGUUCUGCAAGUGCUUCUUCUCCUUUUGGCUGAGAUUGAGCAAACAUGGGCAUGGCGAUGAGGUGCGUCUUGGUCCUCUUCUCCGUCUCCCCCGUGCUGCUCCUGUUCAACUUCGAGAUGCUGGAGGUUGCUCUCCAUCUAGCGAGCCGCGAAAAGGAGCUCGACACCGCUGCGGUAACCCCUUCUGCCAGUUUGAGCUUCCUCUCGAGGUUUAGGAUAAUGCUGGGGAUGAACCAUCAUCGGUCGCGGGGCCGAAGGCAUAAGAGAUAUUCAGAAGCUCCAGCUCCAGCUCCAGCACCAGUCCCAGCCCAUCAAGCAAGAUCAGAAGCUCCUGCCCCUCUUGUUCAUGUGCCUCGAAAAGGAAUGCCGUCGACUCAUCGCAGCCACAUUGCCCCAGCUAGAAGCCCGGUGCACAAAGUGAAAGAUGGUGGUCACACCAAGAUCCCGAGAUCCGCCAUUGUUGCUCUGGGUGUGGUUGGAUUAUGCCUAGUUGUUCUUGGAGUUGUCAUAGCAGCAUUCUCAGUCAGAAGAUCAAGGAAGUUCAAGAAGGUGUGUACAAAGGCAUUCAAACCAUUUCGUCAUGGAUCAAGAGAUCAAAGGUCACCUGCUGCUACCAGGAAGGUCAGUUCCCACCCUAGCCCAGAUCCACUUACACUAAGUUCCAUAGUACAGUACCAACAGAACCUUCCAAACCUUAAACAAUCAUCUGAAUCAAAGAGUCUAUCCAUUCAGAGCACUAUUCCGAUGGGUACAGAACUAAUAGUAAGUGAUCAUGCUGUGAUAAACAACUCACAAUCUGAUGAGGUUGAAUCUUUCCAUUCCAUACCUUGCUCUGAUUUAUCAGCUGGCUCCAUUACAGAGUUACCUCAGCAAAUUUGUGAUAGAAGAGCUAUUAUGAACCGAUCUGAGUAUUUCCUACAAACACAUGAUUCACCAUCUGAUUCAUCAUAUCAAUCCCUUUCACCAGAUUGUACAUCUCGUUUGUCUCCAAAGGAUCAAACUUUCACUGCUUCCAGUCACCUCAGUUUGCGUAGCAAAACUUGUCCAGAAAAAUCAGAUGGUGAAAAUGCUGAAAUAAACUGUCAUGAUGGAUUGGAAAUAACUUGCAUUUCUGGGUCCAUGGAACAUCAAGAAGCCCCUAUCGAAGAGCGGGCCAGAAUCAAUUUCAGGAACCCACCAUCACAACACAUCUUCCCUCCCUCCUAUCGUACAGAUACCUCACAAUCCAAAAUCAACAUAGCAUUUACUAUGACUAACUCAAAGGUUGAAUCAAGUUCUAAGGAAUCAUCAAGGAUUGAGACCUCCAGUUCAAUGGGUAUACCAAAACCGGCACCGCCUCCUCCACCGCAAAAGAACCCUCCUCCAAAUCUGAAAGGGCAAUGCUAUGGCCAGCCUCCACCACCACCUCCAUUGCCACUUCAGAUACAGGUUGGUAAAGAUGGGUCUCCCCUACCAAGGUUGAAACCAUUGCACUGGGACAAAGUAAGGGCUGCUCCAAACCGCUCUAUGGUGUGGAAUGAUAUAAGAUCAAGUUCAUUUGAGUUCGAAUUUGAUGAGCAGAUGAUCAAGUCUUUGUUCGCAUACAACCUUCAAGGGUCAAUGAAAGAUGAGGAGGCUAUGAACAAAACCGCAUCUACCACCAAACACGUCAUUGAGCACCAUAGGCUUCAAAAUACUACUAUCUUGUUGAAGACAUUAAAUGCAAACACCAGUCAAGUUUGCAAUUCUGUAAUACAAGGUAAUGGAUUAUCUGUGCAACAACUUGAAGCGCUUGUCAAGAUGAAACCGACCAAAGAAGAGGAGGAAAAGUUACUAAAUUAUGAUGGCGAUAUUAACAUGCUAGAUCCAGCAGAAAACUUUGUGAAGGUGCUACUAACAAUACCAAUGGCAUUCCCAAGGAUGGAGGUCAUGCUCUACAAGGAAAAUUUUGAUGACGAGGUAGCUCACAUCAAAAUGUCCUUUGCAAUGAUCGAAGGAGCUUGCACUGAAUUGAAGUCAAGCAAACUAUUCUUAAGAUUACUUGAAGCAGUACUCAAGACAGGAAACAGGAUGAAUGUCGGAACAUUAAGAGGAGGUGCAAGUGCUUUCAAACUGGAUGCGCUUCUGAAAUUGGCAGAUAUACGUGGGACAGAUGGGAAGACAACCCUACUGCACUUUGUUGUAAAAGAGAUGGCUCGUUCAAAAGGAUUAAAGGCUUUAGAAAAGCUCAAUGAAACACCCAGCUCUUGUCAUGACACACCAACUGAACGAGAGGAGUAUUCAUCAAUGGGUACAGAAUUUGUCUCUGAGCUAAGUAAUGAACUAGGCAACGUCAAGAAGGUAGCAAGCAUAGAUCUGGAUACCUUGCGAAACUCAAUAUCAAAUCUAUCCUGUGGGCUGGCUCAACUGAGAAAUCUUGUUGAGAAGGACCUAGCCAGUGAUGACAAGAACAAUAACUUCUUGCAAUGCAUGAAAUCCUUCCUAAAUCAUGCAGAGAAUACUAUGCAGGGGCUCAAAGCUGAUGAAGCUCAAGUCCUACUCAAUGUCAGGGAACUAACGGAGUACUAUCAUGGAGAGGUCAGCAAGGAUGAGUCCAAUCUGCUCCAAAUAUUCAUCAUCGUGAAAGAUUUUCUUGGUUUGCUGGAUAAGGUGUGCCGAGAAAUGAGGGGCACAAAGCAUAACCAAACUCUCAAUUUAGUCCUUCCACUCAAGUGAAUAGGUAUAGAUUAACCAACUGGCCACUAACAAAUUGAUUGUUUUGCAUGUGAAUGUUUGUAUAACGAUGUUAGCAUUAAGUGUUUGACAAGUUGACUGCUUGUGUAUGAGAGUGUUUCUUUGGGAGUGUUAGAAUGGAGAUCAGUUAGCAUUAAUUAUAAACAGAUUGUUUA